AUGGCGGUCGACUUGACACCCCGUGGUACAGUAGGAUGUUGUUACUAUGUCGCAAGAGAUGAGAAGCUGUGUUUCAUGGAAGACAUGCAGAUCGGCGGCGCCGACAUCGUCGAUACUUUGAAGACAUUCAUCGAUCCCACAGUCAUUCUGGUCUCAACAAAGAUUGAUGAUGUUGUCAUCGAUCAUUUUGAUCCUGAAGCCAGGAGCGGUGAGCCGGUCAGUAGCGACAACGAUCAGUUCCGUCUGGCUUUUCUGCUCGAUAUUCGCCCUCCAAGCGAAUUCUCUUACGACGGGGCGAGAAGUAAACUUAUGACCUUGAGGUUGGGCGAAGAUGACGGCACACGAGUGAGCUUUAACGUGCCAGGUGAUCAGCUGGGUGGCUAUGAGGAUGGGGGCUUGUCCGGGCAGCAGGGCCAAUUACUUCGACUUGCAGGCUGGAUCGAUAUGGAAAGUCGCAUAACGGUCGGAUGUGCGGGUGCGCUUCUUACCUUCCUUCAGCGACGACGUGCUGCUGCGUAUUUGCCUGGCGAUGAUGCCGCGUAUACGAUGUUUCGCAUCAGUACGCUCGAAAUGUUCAGCCUUCGAGAGACCAUGUUCAUCAACGCAGACACGCUCCAUUCGCUCGGCAUUGUCGAUGCAGAAGCACAUCCACAUUCACACAACAGGGGCCCAAACACCAACUCUGGAUCGAAAGAAGGUCUUUCUGUGUACGGAUUAUUUCACCAUCUUGCACGAACACCACAAGGAAAAUUCCUACUCCGUCAGUACUUUCUACGUCCGAGCCUCAACAUCAACGUCAUCAACGAGAGACUAGACGCUGUGGGCACCCUCUCUCGCUCAGAAAACACAUUAGCAUUUGACACUCUGGUACAAAAUAUGCAGAGUGUCAGAAACAUGCGCACAAUGAUGAUCAACUUAAGGAAGGGCAUAGGCGGUUCCGUGCCAGGAAGAAGCGGUCUAUCGAGAAGCGUAUGGGCCUCUCUCAGAGGGUUCGCAUUCCAUGCUCUCAAGAUCAAAGAUGCGCUAAAUGACGUCCUUGGUGGUGACAACCUAACCAUCAAAACUAAGAUUUUCGAAAAAUUCGAAAGCUACCAUCUUGCUCAAGUUGGCCGAAAGAUCAGUGAGACUAUAGAUUUCGACAAGUCAGCCGAAGAACGAAGAACAGUGAUCUUGCCGGGUAUUGACGAAGAGCUGGACCACAUGAAGCGAACACUUGAUGGACUCGAAGACAUUCUCAACCAGGUCGCUGGCAAACUUUCCGAAAGAAUGCCUCCAGAUUUGCGAACGUCCCUCAAUGUCAUCUACUUCCCCCAAAUUGGCUUCCUUGCUGUCGUGCCGAUGGACCCUGCUACAGGAGCCGCCAUGUAUGAGGGAGGCUUUGACAAUCCGUGGGAGAUAAUGUUUUCCGCUGGGUGUCACGUCUACUUUAAGACUGCUGAGGUAAGGGAAAUGGAUGAUCACUUCGGAGAUGUGUACGGUAUCGUAUCAGACCGUGAAAUCGAGAUCAGCCACGAACUUGCGCAAUUUGUACUGCAGUACGAGGGUCUAUUCACUUCUUGCUCAGAUCUAUGUGGCGAGCUUGAUAGUCUAUUGGCUCUUGCGCAAGGUGCAACGACCUACAACCUUGUACGGCCACACAUGACUCUCGAAAAUAUCAUUCAAAUAAAGAAUGGCCGUCACAUAAUCCAAGAACGAACAGCCCCGUCCUUCGUCCCAAAUGACACCUCUAUUGUUGGUGGACCUGGAGAUAAAGGAUUAGAUGCUGGCCAGCAAUACGGCUCUUCCAGCGAUCUGCAGGGUAACUCCAUGACCUACGAAGGAGGGGCCAGCAUGCUCGUCUUGACCGGGCCAAACUACUCCGGGAAGAGCGUUUACUUGAAGCAAGUCGCACUGAUCAUCUUCAUGGCACACGUUGGAUGCUUUGUGCCCGCGGAACGCGCAAGGAUCGGGCUGACCGACAAAAUCUUAUCCCGCGUCACCACCCGCGAAACUGUCUCUCGCGCCCAAAGCGCUUUCAUGAUCGACCUGCAACAGAUCUCACUUGCACUCAAUCUGGCAACUCGUAGAAGUCUGCUUAUUAUAGACGAAUUUGGAAAGGGAACGGACGCCAGCGAUGGAGCGGGACUGGCUUGUGCAGUUAUGGAAUAUCUACUCAGCCUGGGAGAUGAGAGACCAAAGGUUAUUGGAGCAACUCACUUCCACGGUAAGCCCAGCAACCUCCAUGAGGUCGCUUUCUGA